AUGCAAGCUCUAAAUAAGAACACAACAAACUUUUCAAACUAUUCUAAGAUAUCUGAGUCAUUGAAAGGGGGUGACUUAAAACUGACAUUAAACCCUAUAGCAGAUGAGUUUCUAUUUCAAGACAAUAAGAACAAUACUGUCUGUAUAAAUCCAACAAAAGGAACUUUAAACGAGAAACCUAUAAAUGAACUUCUUUUGAAAGCAGAUGUUGACAACAAAGCUGACAAAGAAUAUGUAGACGAUGCAAUAGCAAAAGAAGAAGAAAGAGCUAACAAUGCUUAUGCAACAAAAGAACAUACUCAUCCUGAACUAGCAGACAAAACAUAUGUUGACAAUAAAAUGUCAAGUGAAGUGACAAGAGCUGAAAACGAAUAUUCUAAAAAGACUCAUAUACAUUAUAUUAACCAAAUACCAAGUCUUAAGGAAACAUUAGAGACAAAAGCAGAUAAGACUCAUACACAUUCUAUAUCUGAUAUUACAAACUUACAAGAAACCUUAAACAGGAAAAGUGACGUUGGACAUACACAUACCAUUGCAAAUAUUACAAACUUACAAGAAACCUUAAACAGGAAAAGUGACGUUGGACAUACACAUACCAUUGCAAAUAUUACAAACUUACAAGAAACCUUAAACAGGAAAA